AUGCCUUCCGACGGGUACAACUGGUUCCUCAUCCUGGUGGCGAUCAUCGCCUCCGUGGUGCUCGUCCUGAUCAACGUCUACAUCCUCGUCCACUUUCAGCACCCGGAGGACCGCAACCAGGCGUGGUUCCCCAAGCUCGUCGUGAUCCUGGGCCUGACCCUCGCCGAGAUGUCCAUCCUCUUACUCCCCCUCGACGUUGCCAAUCGCGCGGCGUGCGCCGACUCAAUCGUCCUCUCCGCGUGCAACUUUGCGCUCCCGAUGGAACAACUCUGGUACGCGGUGUACAUGUCGAUGUUCGUCAUGAUGGUCGCCGUCGUCCCCUUCACGCUGUUCUACUACGAGCAGGACCACGACAUGAGCGCGUGGGGUAAGACGGUGUCGAGCGGGUGGUGGAUCGGCGGCACCUUGGUCGUGCUCGCGCUCAUCCUAGGCUUGUGCUACGGGUUUCUCGGGUUCGUGGAUUUCCCCACGUUCGCGUCCAACGGCGUCAACAACGGCUACGCGUGCGACGCGGACGGGGGCGUGCCCACGGAGACGUGGUCGGUGCGAACAACCUUCCCGGUGUACGUCAUCGCCGUCGGUUCGAUUCUUUCGUGGGUGCUCUUCAUCGCAUUCGGCGGCGUCGGCGUCUCCGCGAUUCCCAUCGACCUCGUCAAGUCCUUCCUCGGAAGGCCGAAGAAGGUCAUCGCGCGGAGCGAGUACAUUCGCAUCGCCGGGAAAAUUGCCGAGCAGACAAAGGCGGUCAUGGCGGACGCUCGGGAAGUGCAGCGAGAGGAGAGGGGCACCGGCAAGACGAGGAAGACGAGGCGCGCGCUCGCGGAGAUCAACAAGCGGCUCGUGCAGCUCGAGGAGGACGAGCUCAUCUUACAGAAGAUGUAUCCGCAGGGCGAGGACAGGGACGCCAGCUGGACGGUGACGGUGAUGGGGUACUACGCGAGCCUCGGCGGCGGCGUCGUGUGCGGGAUCGUGUCCAUCCUCUGGAUGCUGCACAUCGGGUUGUACAUGUUCCCGGAUCCGCCGCUGACGCCGUUUCUGAACCGGUUCUUCGUGGACUUGGACUCGGCGUUCGGGCUGCUGGGCACCGGAUCCUUCGCGCUGUUUUGCUUUUACCUGAUCAUGUGCGUCAUCAAGGGCAACGUCAAGGUUGGGUUCAGGCUGUUGCUGUGGACGGUGUACCCGAUGCGGCUGGGGAACACGCUCAUGUCCGCGUUUCUGUUCAACGUCAACCUCAUAAUGCUGAGCUCCAUCGCGGUGAUUCAGUUUUGCGCAAAGGCGUUUGACGGGUACGCCGCGGAGACUUCGGUGAGCGACAUAUUCGGUCAGGAGAUUGAGAACCUGCGGGGGCUCGGAGCGGUUUUCCGCGAGAACGUCUUUCUGUACAUCUUCUUCGCCGUGGCGUGUCUAUCGGCGAUCGCGCUGGGAUCGGACGAGGUGAAGGCGGCGCGUCAGCCGCGGCGGAACCUCGAGUCGAUGUGA